UGCAACAAGGCUCAGCUCCAUCGCCAGCCAUGUCCUGCUACAGCCCGUGCCAGCCCUGCCAGCCCUGCGGCCCAACCCCACUGGCCAACAGCUGCAAUGAGCCCUGCUGUGUGAGGUGCCAGGACUCCGUCGUUGCCAUCCAGCCCUCUGCUGUGGUGGUGACCCUGCCCGGACCCAUCCUCAGCUCCUUCCCACAGAACACCGCCGUGGGCAACGCCACCUCCGCUGCUGUUGGCAGCAUCCUCAGCAACCAGGGGGUGCCCAUCAGCUCUGGGGGCUUUGGCCUCUCUGGCCUCUCCAGCUUGGGCCGUGGCUCCUGCGGCAGGAGCUGCUUCCCCUGCUAGAGCUGCUGGCCCUGGCCCUGGGCAAGGCCCCCAGGUACCCACCAGAUGCUUCUGCCCUGGGCACACAGCAGCUGCUUGCUGCUUUCAGAGGGGCUGAGCACCCCCAGCACCCCUUGCCAAAGGACAGGGCCAGCCUGGGCUCUGGCACAGCACAGCCCAUGCCUGCCUCUGCCCUCUGCCACUCUCUGAUGGCCCUGCUCCCUCCAUGGAUCAGGCACAUGGACUCCUGCUGGCAUCUCCACCACAGCCAUGGAACACAGAGUCCUUCCUGCUCCUGCUUUGUGACCUCCACCCUUAUCCAGCCUACUUCCAGCGUUUGACUCAUUAAAGUUCUGCUGCAUCCCAUCCCAU